CUCAGGUUUUCUGUUUCCCUUCAGGUGGAGAAGGUGAUGCCGUCAGACACCUUCUACUUCUCCAUCGUCAGAGACCCCGUCGCUCUGGCCGAGUCUUCCUUUGCUUAUUACAAAGAGGUCGCCCCGGCGUUCCGGAAAGCCAGAGGAUUGGGGGAGUUCUCCGACGAUCCUAACAAAUUUUACGACCCCCGUCUGCGAAACAACCACUACGCCCGCAACCUGCUGUGGUUCGACUUCGGCCUGGACCACAACGCUAACUUCUCUACGGCGCUGGCUCGGCUCGGGGUCAACAUGAUCCGAAGGACCUUUAAGCUGAUUCUGGUGUCGGAGUAUUUCGAUGAGUCCAUGAUCCUGCUCAGACACGCCCUCUGCUGGCCGCUGGAUGCGGUGGUCUCCUUCAGCCUCAACGCGCGGCAGCAGAAGCCCGCCGGCGCCGGCGGGGUGGGCGGCGGCUGGAUGGGCAAAGCGGUGGCGGCGGCCGGCGUCGGUAUCCGAGGCGGACACCUUCCGCCCAAAAUGCCACCGAAUCUUUCCCUAACCGAGGCGCAGCGAGAAAAGCUGCGGCAGUGGAACGCCUUCGACUGGUUCCUGUACAGAGCCUUCAACCAGACCUUCUGGGAGGAGAUCGACAGGUUCGGUCGCACGCAGAUGGAAAAGGAAGUGAAUCUGCUCAGGAUGCGCAGGAAGGACCUGGCGCGGGCCUGCCUCCGAGACGGCGGGAAGCCCGUCGAAGCUCACCGGAUCCGGGACAAAAACAUCCGACCCUUCCAGAGCGGGUUGGUGAAAAUCCUGGGCUAUGAGCUCCAGCCGGGGCUGGACAACGCCACCCGCACGGCGUGCAUGAGGAUGAUCAGGCCUGAGAUCCAAUACAAAGACGUCUUAGACUCCAAACAGUUCCCCCCCGCCCAUGGCGUCCAGCAGCAGAGCCAGAGGCUGCUGGUGGCGGUGGGAGGGACCUUUCUAAAGCAGGAUUCCCCCAGGAAAGAGACGGGCGGACGGACGCUGGAGGACGUGGCGAAGGACUGGGACGGCAGCCCGUUACUUAGGAACAACCAGACUUUAGUGCGACAGCAGAGGCUUCCUGUCUGAAGCCUCGUAGAAACGGUUGGAUGAUAGUUUUAUUUGCCUUUGUGGAUAAAAACCUCUUUGAUCUGAGUUUUGUAAAUAUCAUCGUAGCCGUAGUUACUGUUGCCGUCAUCACAUGUUCUAAUAGCAGCACCACAAAGGUUGGAGGAUUCCUGCUGGGCAGCGUCAGCCGUCCUCAGAUUACUCCCUGGAUCUAGUUUCACUUUUAAACCCUGAAGGUCAAAUUCAGCCUGAAAUUCCAUCCGUCAAUUAAAGCAAGUCCAGCUCCCAAACUAUCAAUUACAAAUACAAUUUGUAUUUAUAUAACAGAAAGGCAUUGAGGAAUAGUUUUCAGGUGGAGCCAUUAUUUUAAAUGAUUUAUAGGUGAUUAAACAAAUAAAAAAAGAAAAAUAUUUAGCCUUGCCAACAUUUUUUUUUCAAAAUAAAAGCUCCAAAACACCAUAAAGCCCAUUAGAAGCUCUGGAUGAACCUCAGACUUUGUAGAUCCACAUCUAGACUAGAACUCAAGCUAAUCUGGACUGAAUCAGUUGAUGCAUCUUUGUUCCACAGAGGUUUAGAGGACAGAGUGCCGAAAGUGCAAAAAAAUCUAUUUUUUCUCCUCAUCAAAGGGAAUCUGAUCAGAUAAAUAUCCUGAUUUCCAUCAUUGGAGACCUUCUGCAUGAGGCAAAGCCUUUGCUCCUCAGAUUUAGUCCUUAGUUCACUGAAAUUUACCAAUAAAAUCACCAAACUGGAUAGAAAAUAAUAAUAACAGAGCAGCUGAUGUAACGCAUGCCGGUUACAUCACCUGAAAUGGUCGCACAAUGACCUCUGACCCCUCCUUGGAAAGGUCUGAGCCUCUAGUUUCCAAUGAUGGCGGCCAUUAAAUGAAUACACAUCACACAUCAUUUGAAAGGCGUGUGGAUAAAACACCAUGUGACUGUAUUUUGGCCAUUUCUAUAAAUAGAUAAACAUCAGCAGAGCCCUGUUCCUGGACCGUCGGGCUUCAGGGGUUCAAUGACCCCUUAAUUAAAGCAUUAUUAACCUUAAAUUCGCCAAACUAAAGGACUUUAGGUCAAACAGGAAGGUUUUUUAGCUUUAGCAGCUUCCUCCAUGAUCCUCAUUAGCAGCUGCAUUUUCAGCUUUAUGGAAAAGUUUGGUCUUAAUAGUUUAAUAAUAUCCAAAAAAAAAAACAUUGCAGCAAAAAUUGGUUGAAAAGACGACAUUCACAUUUAAACCUCGUCUACAUUUGGAUGAAAAGUGAAAAAGCG